GUUAUACCUUGUAAAGAAAAGGCAAUCACAAUGUCGCAACGCUCCAACGGCCCGUAUCAACUCAUCUACUGGCCUGAGAUACCCGGCCGUGGAGAAUUCAUACGACUGGCCUUAGAGGAAGCCGGGGCCGACUAUACCGACACUGCACACGAAGAAGAUGGAAUUAACACCGUACUAUCACUCAUUGAUAAGAACUACGAGGGCGAUCAGUCUGGCCCUCCACCGUUCGCACCGCCCAUUCUCAAGCAUGGUGAUCUGCGGAUCAGCCAGACACCCAAUAUUCUGCUCUACCUGGCCCCGCGGCUCGGUCUGACGCCAGAUGGUGACGCCAUCUAUCAAGUCAACUCGCUCGCUCUCACGGCCCUGGAUGGACUUAGUAAUGAGCCUCACGAUACGCACCACCCCAUUGCCCCGGAACUCUACUAUGAGGAUCAAUUGGAGGAGAGCAAGCGGAGGUCGGAGUCCUACCGGAAGAAUCGUCUGCCCAAGUUCCUCUCCUACUUCGAGCGGGUGUUGAAGCCCCAGGCGGCACAGGGCCGUCCGUGGCUGUAUGGCACGACGUUGACAUAUGCGGACCUUGUUCUUUUCCAGGGCAUUGAUGGUCUCAAGUUUGCAUUCCCUCGAGCACUUAACCGACUAGAAAAGUCGGGUGAAUAUGCGAAUGUGUUCAAGCUCUACGAAGCUGUAAAGAACCGGCCUCGCAUCAAGGAGUAUCUCGCAAGUGACAGGAGACAGAAAUACUCGCUGGGUAUCUAUCGACACUAUCCGGAAUUGGAUGAUACCGAGUAGAUGCCUGAUCUAUAUCUACUAUCUAUUGGCACGAGGUACCUUUAACGUAUGGCGCGUUAGUACAUGAGACCUAUAGCUGGGAUAACGAACAUUAUCAUGCAAACUCCCCAGUAAACCGCAUGCGUGUAUAUACAGGUACGGUCUAGUAUGAUGUCUUUACUCCAGGCGACUUCGAGGUCAUACCCAUGCCUUUAUGCUAUAGCAAACAGUAACAGGCUUCUCAGUGCGGUUCAGAUAGGAAAUUCAUAAGAGU